AGCACCAUACAAUACCACUAGCAGUCCCAGGAUACCUCGCAGCACACGGCACCAGUGAUCGCCUCGCCCCGCCUCGCGAGCCGAGCCUUCCGCUGCGCACGGAAUACCUUGCUCCACGCGGCACGAGUGAUCGCCUCGCCAGCCGUCGGCGUCCCAGUGCGUUCCGCCCGCCAUGCAUCCGCGCGCGUCGUUGUCGAGCGACGCUCGCGAGCGAGCGACGUCCACCAGCCGACUCGACGCCUCCGCGUCGCUCCGCGCCCUCGCGUCGUCAUCCGCAGCAGCCGCACCCGAUGCCACGCGCGCUGCCAUGGGGAGCGGUGCGGGCGCCAGCAGCACGGGCACCGCCAGCAUGGGCGCGCCCAGCAGAAGCGGCAGCGCGGGGAGCCUCGUCGGGGGAUCCGCCGCCCGCUCCCGAUUCGCGGGUCGGCGGCGGCAGCCGGCGAGCUCCCGGGGCGGCUGGCAGUUCUUCGGGUCGCGGCACCGGCGCGUGCUGCUGCUCUUCGUCGCCGCGAUCGCCGGCCUCGCCGCGAUGAACGUGCUGCUGCUCCGCUCGCCCAACUCGAUAAGAGCCGCCGAUCUCCGUUAUCGCAAUAACGAGGAUUUGAGCGCCGAGAGCGAACCUCGCGGGAGCAGCGACGAGGUGGACGACGAAGGCGCGGAUAACGAGGAGAGCGAUAGCGAGGACAGGCGAAACGGCGACUCCUCGUGGUCGUGGCUGUGGCGGAGCGUGCUUGGCGGGAAGCGCGGCGGGCAGCGGCGCGCGCGCGAGCUAAAGGCGUUCAACAACUCGGACCCGGAGCCCGAUGCGGGCAUCAGCGGCGCGGACGAGCAGUUCAUCGACGCCACGCUGCCCGUCCACGGCGCGCAGGGGCUCGCCGCGCGCAAGGGGGGGAAUGCGGGCGCAGCGGUGGGCGCAGGCGGGGCGGGCGCGGGGGGAGGCGGGGCGCGCGUGCGGCUGGAGGACGUGCUGCGGUUUAACGUGAUGGGCGCGGGCAGGCGGUGGGACCGACGCGUGGGGUGCUCCAAGUUCCGAGCGAAGCACAACGCCAGCGUGCAUGCUUGGCGGCCGUCUGACUGGCACCCACCGUCGCCCAGUCUGCAGGCGACCAUCAACCCCGCGCACUGCUCGAACCUCAAGCUGCCACACGUCACCGUGCGGGUGGCGAACAGCACGUGGCUGCAGGACACGAUCAUCGAGGGCAUGCAUGCGUGCCACCCUUGCCCGCUCUCCUGUGCCUUCACGCGUGCGCGCCCCCUGGCCACGCACCCCGACGCACUGCUCUUCGAGGGCGUGCUGCCGCCCAACCCCUCCAAGCCCGGCCACCCCCUCCACGUCUACAUGAACCUCGAGGCCGACCCCUGGGGUGAGGGGGGAGGGGGCACGGCUGGGGAGGGAGGAAAUGUGAAAGAGGGGGAGAAGGGAAAGGAGGGCAAGGAGGGGAGUGGGGGUGAGGGGGCGGGUGCGAGGGCGGCGGUGGACGUGUGGGUGGGGUACAGUGCGAAUGCGACGGUGCAGGCGACGUAUGCGGGGCACCUGUUCCACUGGGACCGCCAGCGCUACAUCGCAGACAACAAGCGCACCGACGUGCCAGUGUUCCAUGCGGUGUCCAGCUUCGUGCCAUGGCGCGAUGCCGUGGUGAAGGCGCUCAUGAAGCAAUUGCCCCUGCACUCAUUCGGCUCGUGCCGCAACAACAUGGCGGAGCACGGCGCCGAGCUGCAGCUCUACCCGCACUGCGCACACACGUACGGCGCGGGGGAGCGGUGGCACCACCACACGCACUGCGUGCAGUCGCACUACCUCUUCGCCCUCGCCGUCGAGAACACCCGCGCGCCGGGCUACGUCACUGAGAAGUUCUUCUACCCGCUGGAAGCAGGAACCGUGCCCAUCUACAUAGGCGCGCCCGACAUAGCGGCGUUCGCCCCCCCGGACUCGUACAUCGAUGCGUCGGGGCUGUCCCCAGCGGAGGUGGGCGCGCUGGUGAAGCGCAUCGCCGCCGACCCCCUGGAGUACAUGGGGUACCAUGCCUGGCGCAGGUGCGGUGUGUUAGGCAACUACUCGCGUGCGCGCCAAGUGUCCCUGGACUCGCUGCCAUGCCGCCUGUGCGAGCAGGUCAGCCGCAUGGGCGGUACACAGUACCCACGGCCGUGAUGCCACCCUGCAUGGCGUGUGUGGCGCUGCUGGGCGUGCUGGUGCACGCACACCAAUAUUAAGCACUGCUGGGCCUGCAGGUCUCACGGCAGGUGCUUUCAGGAGGCAUGUGUUCAAACCAAGGCUUGUGGAGUGUCAAGCAGUGUUAAUGUACGGUAGUAAGUUUUUGAAGUGUCAGGCUGGGAAACACAAGUGGAAAAAGGCAAUAUUUGUCAAC